AUGAUGUUGGGUCUUCUUGUUGUCAAGUAUGAUGAAGUCAUCCACAUACAGAGAGAUGAUCAAGAUAUCGGAGUUACCUUGAGUUUUGGUGUAGAGAGUAGGCUCGCUUUUGCUCCUCCUAAAGCCUGCGUUGAUGAUGUACUUGUCUAUGCGGUUGUUCCAUGCUCGUGGCACUUGCUUGAGUCCGAGCAUAGCCAACUGUUAGUUGAUGCUCUACUCCUUCAUUUUCACAAAAAAGGGAAUGAAGGAACCACACCAAUUGUAGGAGUCAUGAAGCCAGGAGCUGCUGGAUUAGGAUUGGCAAUGAAGGGACCAGCAGCAGCUAAAGAGGAGAAGAAACCAGAAAAGACUGUCUUCGAAUUGAAAUUGGAGUCAUUUGAGGCAGCUUCUAAUAUAAAACUGAUCAAGGAGGAAAGGAGCUUCACUGACUUAGGCCUCAAGGAAGCAAAGGAUUUAGUGGACAAGGCGCCAUCUGUGCUAAAGAAAGGAUUAUCAAAGGAAGAAGGAGAGCAACUAACAGGGAAGCUCAAAGCUCUUGGCGCAAAAGCUGUUCUUGAAUGA